GGCUUUGGUCAGCUGAACGUGGCUGAAGUGAUAGUGUGUCAGUUCCUGAGUUCCACUCACGCUGUGGGCUCCUCUGCCACGCCCUGAGAACAGCCUGGGUUAGACCGCAGCUGGGGAAAAAUUGUCUCAGCCCAGAGCCAGUCACCUGCCCGGCAGAGCCCAGAAGAGCUGCCCUGCCAAGCCCGGCCAAGAUCAGCAGAGAGUAGAUGACCUGCUCUUGGUUCUUGGCUUUUUCAGGAAACAAACGGGAUGAAAGUCCAGGGCUGGGACUUCCUCCUCGGGGUGUUUGACAAGGACUGACGUACUCUAGGCCCUUUGAAUCCCGGAAGUCCAGGACACACCCAACCUCGAUUGCAGCAUUCCAAAUGCUGGAGAGUAGGUAAAAGGACGGAAGCAGAGAACAUUGCAACAUGAGGGACCCACUGACAGAUUGUUCGUAUAACAAAGUAUACAAGAACCUAAAGGAGUUUUCUCAAAAUGGAGAGAAUUUCUGCAAGCAGAUCACAUCCGUUCUUCAGCAAAGGGCAAACCUGGAAAUUACCUAUGCCAAAGGACUUCAGAAACUGGCAAACAAGCUGAGCAAAGCGUUACAGAGCACAAAGAAAAACUGCCUCGUCAGUGCCUGGGCCUGGGUCUCAGAGGGCAUGAAAUCUGCUGCGGAUCUGCAUCAAAAACUUGGCAAAGCAAUUGAAUUGGAAGCGAUAAAACCAACUCAUCAAAUCCUGAGUGUACACGAGAAGAAGAGAAAAUCACUUGAUAAUGAAAUUGAAAAGACAGCAAAUCUUGUCAUUAGCAACUGGAAUCAACAAAUUAAGGCCAAGAAGAAAUUAAUGGUGAGUACCAAGAAGCAUGAAGCCCUUUUCCAUCUUGUAGAAAGCUCCAAGCAAACCGUAACGGAAAAGGAGAAGCAGAAGCUCCUCAAUAAACUGAAAAAAUCGACUGAGAAGUUGACAAAAGAAGAUGAAAAUUACUACGAAAAAAACAUGGCCGGCUGUUCUACCAGACUGAAAUGGGAGAACACACUAGAAAGCUGCUACCAGAGCAUCCUGGAGCUGGAGAAGGAAAGAAUUCAACUUUUAUGCAAUAACUUAAACCAGUACAACCAACAUAUUUCUUUUUUUGGCCAAACUCUGACCACAUACCACACGCAGAUUCACUGUGCCAUCAGCAAGAUAGAUAUCGAAAAAGAUAUCCAGGCUCUCGUGGAAGAAACCGCAGUCUCAUCUACAGAAAAUAAAUCUGAGUUCCUAUUAACUGAUUACUUUGAAGAAGAUCCUAACAAUGCAAUGAAUAAAGAGCGACAAGAGUCUUCAAUAAAAUCAAAACUGUUGAGACUACAAAGAGAUAUUGAAAAAGCCUCGAGAGACCAGGAAGGCCUGGGACGGAUGCUGAGAGCAUACUCCAGCGACUCCUCCUUCUCAGAUGCAGAAAGCCAGAAAACCACAGCAGCCUUAAUGGACGAGCUAACAUUAGGGUCUUCUGAGAAUAACAGGAGAAAGGAAAGAUGUGAUGGCACAGAAGAAAGAGAGCAGUCUGGGUGUGAGACAAAUUUGAAACUAGACCUUUUGCAAGCAAACUCCUAUAAACUGUCAUCAGUGUUAGCAGAACUUGAGAAAAGACCUCAACCCAGCCAUCCCUGUAGUAAUUCCAUCUUCAAGUGGAAAGAAAAGCAGCAGACACAUAGUUAUGUAAAAAUAUCUCGGCCUUUUCUGAUGAAGAGAUUAGAGAAUGUCGUGAGCAGGGCAUCUUCUGAGGAGCAGAGAAUUCCAAGUUCUUCAUCUACAGCCUCCAGUGUGGCCCGGGUCGGCAAUGGUCUUUGCAAGGCCUUAUAUUCUUUUCAAGCCAGGCAAGAUGAUGAAUUGAAUUUGGAAAAAGGCGACAUUGUGACUAUAUACAAGAAAAAAGAAGAAGGAUGGUGGUUUGGAUCUUUAAAAGGAAAAAAAGGCCAUUUUCCUGCCACUUAUGUAGAGGAGCUCCCUUCAAAUGCUGAUAAUACGGCUUCUCAGGCUUAAAACAAGAUUCUGAAUGUACCACCUUACUCUGUAAACUGUAUAAUGUGCAAAUAAAGAUAAAUGCUGUGAUCUUUACAGGUUUAUCUUUCUAAAUGAGUGAUGGAGUCCUACCUGAAUGUCACAGCACUUUGCUCUCUCAGUUAUUUGCUUGAAGCAGAGUCAGAAGAUGGAAGGCGGAGGGAGGCAGGGAAGAGGCUCUACAGGUCCUAGAGUUUUUGAAUUCUGAGAGACCUCGAGAUGACCCAGUACAGCCCCUGGUGUCACACAGAGACUGAGUCCAGGGCGGGUUAAGCCAUUUGCCAGAAGUCACAUGGUUUUCUGGCAGCACAACAGAGAAUAAAACUUAGAUGAUCUUUUCCUCUGACUUGGGUGGCAACAGGCCAC